AUGGAUAAAAGAAAACAAUCGCACAGUUACGAAUACGAAACUGCUUUGGAAUUGACAGGUUUCGGCAAGUACAAUGUCGGCAUGCUGGUGUGCUGCUGCUUGCUGAUCUUGGCGAUGUUCGUGGACAUGUUCGGCUUCUCCGUUGUGCUACCUUCCGCCGCCUGCGACCUCCAGCUCACCACCAGUCAACAGGGACUACUUUCUGCGAUACCGCUUAUUGGUGUUAUGGUAUCUUCCUAUACGUGGGGCCUCUGCGCAGAUACACUGGGCCGACGCAAGACGUUGCUCAUAGCAAUGCCUAUUGGCAUGUUCUUCAACUUAGCUGCUAGCAUUGCUCCUACCUUUGAUGCACUCGCUGCGCUCAAGUUUUUCUCUGCUAGCUUCACCUCGUCAGCAAACGCCGCUGCGUUCGUACUGCUGGGUGAAAGUAUACCUCGACAGCAACGUAGCAGAUUCAUGUUUCUAAUGGCAAGCGCCACUAUGUGCAGCCAGCUCGUCAUUUCACUAUUUUCUCUUUCAAUUGUCGGCCUGACCUUCCGGAUCCCAAUUCACUGCCUGGCUCUUGAGUUCCGACCCUGGCGCCUGCUGAUGUUGGUUAUCUGUUCACCUGGAAUUCUAGGGAUUAUAAGUCUUUUGUUCUUGCACGAGAGUCCUAAGUUCCUUCUUAGCAAGAAACAAGACGACGAAGCUAUGAGAAUACUGAAGUCUAUUCAUUCUUGUAACAUAGGAUCUAAGGAUGAUUUUAAGAUCACCACAGUCUACCUCGAAGAGACACAAGUAAACACCAUUAACGAAAAUACAAAAGUGUCAUUCGUCCGCAAGAUGUGGAAUCAAACUGCACCACUAUUCAAACCUCCACUGCUCAAAAAUUCUCUUAUAAUUUAUUACUUGCUGCUCUGCGCAUAUAUGACCUCAACAGGCUUCACAAUGUGGAUCCCUACGAUGACAAACGCCUAUUUCAAUGGCAAAGAGGCUACAGGGAAAACUUUAUGCGAGGUUGCCAGCACGGCCGCUCGAAAAAAUAACACUACUAACCAUAACUGCGACAACGUGAUCCCACCUAUAACAUUAUACUCAGUAAUGGUCUAUUCCGGUGCCGCAGCGAUUCUGAACACUCUGCUCUCGUUCAUUGUGAAACCUUUAGGAAAGAAAAAGACAACACUAUUGGUGUUCAUUCUCUCAAUUUUGUUUGGAAUAUCGCUGCUUUUUCUGCGGGUACCUCUACUAAGCAUCGCGUUUUUCUAUUUGUUUCUCUACGUCUCAUUUAUACUGGGAAACAUGAAUACUUAUUUGGUUGAACUCAAUCCAACACAUUUGAGGGGUAUGGCGACGUGCCUGUCUGUGGUUGUGGCGCGAGGCUCCGCUUUUAUCAGCGUGCAGCUAAUCGCAGAGCUCCUCGCCGAUCACUGCCAUUACAUGUUUAUGGGCUACGUCGCUUUGGUUAUCUCUGGUUUAAUAGUAGCAAUGUUCCUACCUCCAGACACAAAGAACGAAAAACGCAGAGAAGACGAAUAGAAGAAUUAAUUAGAAUAAAAUCAACACUUUUGUUAUAUUGUUUACGUCAUUUAAAUACAACUUCAGGCCUAAAACACGAUACGAUAAGACACUCAAAACAAACUGAAACUCAAAUAUAAUCUAUAUUUGUAGAUAAGGAAACACUUGAAAUCGUCACAUUAUUUAUUAAACUUGACUACUCAUUCGCAAGGCUGAUUCUUCUGAGAUGAAUGAGUAAAUCUAGAGAAUGCU